AUGAAACUUGGACAACGUCAUGGGAAUCUUCAGACAAUUUUGACAGCUCCCUGGAACAGACCUCUUCUGAUAUUUCUAGCAUCUCAAGCUAUGUCCUUAGUGAAUUGCUUUGAAGAAGAGGAAGUUCCAGAAGCAUGGAUCCUUCUUCAUGUUGUUCAGGAUCAGAUAGGAGCUGGGAAUUACAGCUAUCUGAGAUUAAAUUAUGAGGGAAAGAUAAUUCUUAACAUGCAGAGCUUAAGAGGUGAUGCAGACCUGUAUGUGUCUGACAGCACCCUCCACCCAAGCUUUGGUGAAUAUGAAUUACAAUCUGUUACUUGUGGCCAGGACAUUGUUUUUAUACUAGCACCCUCCAAGGUCCCCAUGGGAAUAGGUAUCUAUGGACAUCCGUCUCACCAUGAAAGUGAAUUUGAAAUGAAAGUAUAUUAUGAUAGAACAAUCAAACAGUACCCAUUUGGUGAGAAUGCCUUUUCUUCAGAUGAUACAGAUUCAAGUCAGAGCAUGCUUAUGCUCCAAGAAGAUACCUCUAAAGAAGACAAAUGCAUUCUUUGGAUAAUAUUAAUUAGUGUUUUGAAAUCGGUACUAGAAAUUCUUUUUUGA